AUGACCCCUUAUGUCUUGGUUGCAGGAAUAUGUGCCCCGGUUGUCUUUUUUGUGGACCAUGCUUCCAACUGCUUAUUCAUGGAAGAAAUCGAAGGCUCAGUGACUGUUCGAGAUUAUAUCGAAUCCACUAUGGAGACUGAAAAAUCUCCCCAAAGUCUCUUUGGCUUAGCCAAGACAAUCGGACAGGUUUUGGCUCGAAUGCACGAUGAAGACCUCAUUCAUGGUGAUCUCACCACGUCCAACAUGCUCCUGAAACCUCCCCUGGAACAGCUGAACAUCGUGCUCAUAGACUUUGGGCUGAGUUUCAUUUCAGCACUUCCAGAAGAUAAGGGAGUUGACCUGUACGUGCUAGAGAAAGCCUUCCUUAGUACCCAUCCCAACACUGAGACUGUGUUUGAAGCCUUUCUGGAGAGCUACUCCGCUGCCUCCAGAAAGGCCAGGCCAGUGCUUAAAAAAUUAGAUGCGGUGCGCCUGAGAGGGAGAAAGAGGUCCAUGGUGGGGUAGAAGAAUUCUGUGUGAUGACCACAGACGGUUAAGCUGUUCACAGCAACUUUGAAGGAAUGCUAUGAAUAUGAGAUUUGACCUAAAUAAAGGUGGUGGGAUAUUUUUAGGUGCCGUCUGUGAUCAUGCUUCUUAGGCAUUAUCAUCUGCAGUUGACUGUUCCCAAGAGCUUACUCUGUACAUAAGACAUGUCUGGCAGAACUGGGCAUUCAGAAUAAAUCUCAGGCUUUCUCUGCAGUUGUGCCGUGUACACCUCAGAUCAAGGGCAUGGCGUUACAAAACAUUGAAUCACAUACUGAGAACCUUAUUCUGUUUUCAGUCCCGGUGAGGCAAGGACAGAGUCUCAGUUGGUGACAGUAUGUCUUUAUCAGCCCUCUAACCCAGCCUUUUUUGUUGUUGUGUUCAUGACAGACUCCUCU